AUGACCAUCAAAGAGUCCGACCAGUGGCGUCCCGUCAGCCCUUGGGGUGUUCCUCAUGCCGUCGCUGAAGGUCGGUUGAAUCGGACUGUUUCUCUCCUGCUAAGCCAAUCAUCACCGAUAAUCGUUCUCAAUGCGUGGGGCAUGCAUCAUGAUAGUAAGCAAUGGCAGGAACCACAGCAUUUUCAGCCUGAACGCUUCGCCGGCCUUGGCGUCGGGCUAUGCAGGAUCCGAACGCCGAGACCACCUGAGUUACGGGGCGGGCCGGCGCCUGGCAUCCACUGGGCGGAACGCAACUGGAUCAUCAGCGUUGCCAAGCUGCUCUGGGCCUUUUGA